CAUAAAAGUUCCUGGGACGUCUUCGCUGGAGCUUGUUGCUUUCUUGACAAUGGUCCAGCCAUGAAGGGCGUUGUUCCUCAAGGUGCGGUGGUAUUACUUCUUCUUCUUCUGGCUUCAUCUUGCCUGUCUCAGGAGACGUUAGAUGACAGCCAAACGAUUUUCGACUCUCCGGUAGAGGGUCCGACAGACCAAAUUCCGGAGAACUCUUCGAACCAGAGACAAUCACACUCGAGAUUAAAUCAAUCCAGACAACUCUUCCGUUACCGGAACAUUGGUCAAAAUUCCCUGGAUAACCAGAGGCGUUUUAAUUCUGUUGAUUCCAACCCGGAAGAAGGAGGCCUCCGACCAAAUUCCAGAAUUGGAUUCCUCAGGAGAUUAGACAGAUUCAGAAACCAGGAGAUUUCAUCCGGGCGUUCUAUUGGUCCCACCGAGGACGCCACUGGGUCUCAGCAAAGUCAGCAUUCAGACACUCUCUCUGUCAAUGGGGAAGUCUUACAUCAAGGCGGUAACAUAAACCCACUCAGACAAGUGUCGGGUAAUCAAAAUAACUUUGGCUUCACAGGCAAUUCUGGGCUGCAAAAUAACAAUGAACAUCAAGCUUUUCAAUCCCAGGUACAACCGUCAGAGACAACUGCCCUCACUUCUGGUGAUUUGACAGAAGAGCCAUUUUCACCUGAAGGAGGCGUUCAUGUGGUUGAGGCUACCCAGGUCGAUGGUGGAGACGCCCUCUUUCUCAACGAUGGAGGGACAUGGCAAGACCCCAACUCUUCACCGGUAGGCUUCGAUCAGUUUGAAGAGUCGCAGGAAUUAAAGGAAGCAACUGGUGAUGAUGAAGAGAGCAGUUAUCCAAGAGUUCGUCUGCAACCAGGCCCUAACAGGGGCAGGAAGCGCUUCCGCGGGCAAAACCGAAGGAGGCUAAUGAGACUGCGCAGGCCAUGGUUCCUUCGCAGGAAGAUGAGAUAUGAGACUCAGCAGGGCAAUCUAGCCUCAGAGGGUCAGGACAAUAUCAGUGGUGACCAGGGCAUUGAAUCUACAGAGAGAAUAAUCGACCCAUCAACCCUCCUAAAUCCAAGCGAAAAGGCCCAGAGGAUUCUUCUGUCCAGUGAAGGCUCAAACACUUUAGAAAGAACUGGAGACGAGAAUGCUGAAACGUCACCUAGUACUUACUUACCAGAUCCCCAGUCCAGUGCUGAAGGAUUCAGAGAGCAGAAAAGUCUAGGUUAUGAAAAUGAAUCAUCAAAUGUACAAGAGUUCUUCAGCAACAACGGUGCUCAAAACGAAAAUGAGUCCCAGGGACCACAAUACAAUACUGACAAUCAAAAUGAUUCUUUCAGAAGGUUCCCAAAUGCUAACAUUGUAAGACCUAGGCUUCGCAAACCCAGUUUUAUAAGAGGAAAUAAUGGUUUCAACAGAGGAAACUCUUUCAGUGAAGCAGAUGCAAGGUUUUCUGGAAACAAUGUUGGAAUUUCUGACUUCCAAACUGGACUGGGCACUCAGAACCAACCAAAUACCGACGCAGUAUCUAAUGACAGGGAAAGAUUUGACUCUGGCUCAAGAACAUCAAUCCCAGUAAGGUUUACAACCAAUCGCCAACAGUUUUCAAAUGCAGAGCAAAAUAUUAAUUCAGACUUAAACCAGUCAAACAGAAACAGAUAUGCCCCCUCCAAACCACAAGAAUUUUCAAGCUUGAAUCAGAUUGCAAUACAACAGGGGUCACAAGAAACACAAUUCCAAGGAAACGUAGACUCAGUAAAUGAAAAUGAAUUUACCUUAAAUCAGCAAAAUCAAAGACGACCUCAGUCAAUGAGAUCACCAUUCAACAACAAUGAAAGACUCCAUCAGUUCCAACAACAGAUAGAAAGUAAGAGAUUACUACAAUACCCACAACAGCAAAAUAAUGGUCGACCAACAACAGAUCAGUCGCAAGAAAGAGCCCAACAACGUCAACAAAUUCUAGAAGAGAAGCGUCUUUUGCAGUAUCCCCAGUCUCUGGGAAGAGCGGAAACCUUUUCACCUGAUAUAUCUGAAAACAAGCAGGAAGAUUCCCGUCUCUGGCAGUCUCCCGAGUCUCAAGGUGGAGAUGCAUCUUUGUUGCCUAAUGUUUCUGAUAACACCCAAGAAGAUUCUCGUCCAUUGCAAUAUCACCAAACUCAGGGCAGAAGUGAAUCUUUUUCACCUGAUGCAUCUGAAAACAACCAAGAAGAUCCUCAUCUCUUUGGCAAACACCAAUCACAAGGUAGUGGUGAAACUGCUUCACCUUUGUCAAACAGCAACCAAGAACAUUCUCAACUGUUGCAGUAUCGCCAGUCUCAAGGCAGGGGUGAUAUCUUUUCACCUGAUGCUGUUGACAAUAGACAAAGAGAAUCUAGUCUUCUGCACAUUGGACGUACUAGUGAACAAGCAAUACAAUCUUUUAAGCUGCAACAAGAGCAAAGGAUUCCAGUCCAGCCCAAUCAAAGACCUGCCAGUACGCAAAACCUUGUUGAUCGAUAUUUCAAGCCAGCUCAGUUAACUGAUACUUUCGGGCCAGGAAGGACCAGUAUCUACGAGAGAAAAAGACAACAAUCUCAACAACAGACGAAUGAUAACCGGUCAACAGGAUUUUAUCAAGUAGAUAACACUAAUAGUGAAAAUUUGGGUAUUUCACCAAACUCUGGCAUCCAGCAGCAGAACAGGGUGCAAAAUACUGGAGUAGUUUUCAGUUCAAUGAAUGAAAAUGAAUCAGCAAAGGUCCAAACACAAACUUCACUUCAAGGAAAUGAAAACAAUAAGAUGGAUCACGAAAGUCUGACUUAUCACGAGCAUCAAGAGGGGCAACAGCAACAAUUCAGCGAGCAAAUAAACCAGUGGCCAACAGAUUCUCAUACCGAUUCAGGAUUUCAUGGAUCACAUGCUGCUGAGGAAGAAAAGAAAGAUAAUAAGGAGAACUUUGCUAGGAUUCCGGGUCGAAUAAAUCCAUCUGGUAAUGAACCACAGCUACAAAGAACAAGGAUUAAUACAAAUACUUUUAGAACACAGACUACACUAGAAGGGUCUCAAGGGGUUAAUAAUUUCAAUCUCAAUGCAAAUAAUGCUGGCAGCCAAAAUAUACAAAACUAUGACCAAACAGCUGGUCAAAAUAAUGAUAACUAUCAAUCUUCAACAACAGAUCCUCAAAACAGUCAAUUGCAGACUAACCAGUUUUCGUCGAAUGAGAAUCAUGUCAACCAGUCAAAUAUUCAGAGAAUUCAUACAAGUAACAGGGCAGAACAAGGAUUUGAAACUAGUUUUGCCCAAGGAAAUACAUAUUUGCCUCAUCAGUAUAGCAGAUUCAGGCAAUCUAGAUUACGGCAAAAUCAGAGUGGGAGAUUCCAGUCAAGAAUUCAAAAUAAUGGUGGCAACACAGGCUUCACAAGCAAUUCUGUAAGAAAUGAAGACCAGUUUGGCAGGAGUGGUCAGCAAUCUCUAGUAAAUGAGGGACAUAUAAGCGGAACAACAAGCUCCCAAAGUGAAUCUGAAGCUCAGGAUGCAGGUCUUAUCUCAGGGGUCCUCAACGAAAGGCAAAACCAAAACUUUGGAAUUGAUCAAGGGCAACAGUUCUCUGGAAGGGAUCACGACAUAUCUGACCAAAUAUCAAAACAAACCCUCACUUCAGGAGAAGCUUUUGAUACUCAACAAUCUUAUUCACAAGGAAAUGAACAUCUUCAGUUUAGUAACACACAGUUUUCAAGUGGUAAUCAACACAGUACUGCAAGUUCUACAUCAGAGGAAGAUCAGCAGAGUACCUUAACAUCAAAUUCGCAACAGGGUCAUAUUUUCAACACAGAAAAGCAGACACAACAGAGAUUUUCAGGCUCCCAUAGUAAUGCAGAAGGAAACAAUUUCCAGUCCCAAGAUAACAAUGGCAAUUCUCAAGAACAGCAAGUUCUUAACUUCCAAACAUCAGACGGUACAAUAUCAUCUGGAAACUUCCAGACACUCCAGCAGAAUUUAAAUCAAGAUUUCCAGCAACAAAAAGUGGAACUGGAGGCUGAAAGGAAGACUUCAUUUGACCAAAGAAGAUUUGGUGCAAAUUCUUACUCUUCUCAGAGGAGGACUCAGCUAUCUUCUAGUCAAAGGUACCUCCAAGAAGCUGGAAUUUCCUCACAGAACCAAGCGGAUCAGAAUUCCCCUUCAAUUGAGCAAAAAAAGAUCUCCAAUGCCCAUGGUCAGCCAGGAUUUACCUUCCAAAGGAACUUGAAUCUUUCAAAUAGGUUCUCAAACCAAAAUGUUGCUGAACAGUCAACAAACAGAGGCAUUCAAAUUGAACAAAGUUCCUCGAACAAUCAAAAUUACCGUUCUCAAAACCAAGAACAGUUGCAGCAAGCCUCUGACACCUUCCGUAACGAACAGAAUUCAGCCAGAUCUGACCAACGUACGUUCAGCCAGCAGCAGCAAAUUGAUGACCGUCGCCAGAGCUCAUUUUCUACUGUGCUGAGCAGAGGUAACCGCAAAUUCCUCGACACUUUUGAAGGCUUGAACACAGGAGAGCCAAACAAGAACGUCCUAGAAAGAAUUGCCGCAGUUCUCCAAGGAAAGGACUAUACCAAUGCCCAGACUGAUUCUGUUAAACUGCAGAGGAUCUCAGGUAGCCCGAGACUGACUGAGAUUCCAGAAACAGGAUUCCGCUGUGAAGGCAGAGUGUCUGGGUACUACGCUGAUUCCCACGAACUUGCCAAGUGCCAGAGUUUCCACUUCUGUGGAGUAGAUGGAACCAAAAUAAGCUACUUGUGUCCAGCAGGUACCGUGUUCAACCAGCGUCUCCUGGUAUGCGACCACGUCUUCCGAGUGGAGUGCAGCAUCUCCGCCGAUUACUACUACGUGAACGAGAGGUUAUAUGGGGCCAAUGUCCACGAGUCCCUCCAAGACGGUUCGAGGGUCUUCAGCAGAUUCGGGAGGAGGACUUAGGAGGGCGCCGAGAGGGCGUGCCCUAGCAUUAAUUAAAAGGGAGGGGAAGGGGAGGGGGAAAUGGGUGGGGAUAUGCAGGUAAACACUCAAAAUAAGGGCUUGCGUAUGUCAGAUCACACAGGUCCUUCAUUAUCUCCGAGGCGUCCUUUCGACUCAAAUAGGAUGGGUUCCGGAGGGUUUAUAGAGCUCGUCCUGAGCCCGACUCAAGCUAGCAAUCAAUAUUUCAAAGCGAUAUUACGAAUCAGGAUGAUAAGUACAAAGCCGACAGAUUUUUAAAAGUCGACAGAUUCAUAAACUCAUAAUGUUCUUAGUCAAAGUUGGGUACUUCAAUAACGAUGUCUGAUAAAGCUAGUUAUUAUUUUAAUGGUGGUCUCUGUGUGAGUUACAACAUUCAAAUAUCUAUCUGAGUUGAUGUUACAUAACGAUUUUCGUCUACCCAGAUAUUUUUGAUAAUGCUUUGAGACAAAAUAUAAAAACUGCAAUAGACGAGCUUUGUUAAAGUAAAAAUAAAUAAA